AUGGCUCAAGAAUGCAAUCUCCUCUUCGUUAAGCUCUACGUUGCACAUGCCAAUCGAACGAUAACUGACCGUAUCAGAGACGACAAACUUGAUGAGAUAUCCAGAGCCAAGAUUGAAAUGGAGGUCCUGGCGGAGGUUGAGAAAGGGAACUUUCCUUUUGAAACUCGAAUGGGCUGGAUGUGCAUGGUCGCUCUAACGAACACGUUCGACGUCUUUUGGCUGGGACAGCAGGACUUGCAUCACCUGUCUAUAGACGCUAUCAAACGUCUCGACGUAAUUGUAUCUCUUGAUGAUGAUCUUAUCUCACCUCCACCACCAUCCACUUCCCCUGAACCACUCUCACCAUCUUCCUCUUCACCAUCUUCUUCUACGACAGCUUCCGGAAGCCGGGAGCCCGGAGCCAUGAAAGAAACAUCGGACUCAGAGUCGUCUCCAGAAGUUGUAGUUCCAUCUAUCGAAACUGUAAUUCCUGAGGUCCUUCCAAGCCCUCCAAAGCGUCGAUUAACUCGUCAAGCCCCUCCAGCAAAAAAGGCUCCCGCAGGUGUUCGCAAGCGUCGUACUCCCGGAAAGGAAAAGGAAAAGGCAGCUUCCUCCACCGAGCCAGAGAGACCGACUGCUGGAGGCAAAACUGUUUCCUUUGCCCCGGAUCCCAUAUCUGAUGAAGAGGUGGCAUCUUCAGUUAACUCACUGUUUGGGAACGUUGAAACACCUCCUGAAGUUCAAACCCCAAAGAAGCGCAGAACUCCACAUGUCCGCGGUAGAGGUGCCAAGAAAUCGACCACAACACGUCAAACUCGAGCUUCUUCCAGAGCAUCCGCUAGUGGUAAAGCUCCAGCUGCCCUAGCUCCAGGAGUAGGGAAGGGAAAAUGGAAAGGGAAAGGACUCCUAGGCUAG